AAGUUUCGUUUCUAGCAGCUGGUCGCUUCAGUCUCAGACAUGUUCUCGUGGGGAGAGGACUUCCAGCAGGGCUUCCGCCUGAAGAAAGGCAGCGCUGGCCCGCCUGCGGCUGAUGGAGUUCAGUCCCUCCAGCUCAGCUUCCACGUCGCGGACCUGUGCGUGGGUUUGCGGGUGCUGGCGUUCAUCAAGGACAACGGUGAGGCGUCAAUCAUCCGCGUGAGCCAGAACGCAUCUGGGAGGCGGGAAAAAGGGAAGCAGAAGUUUGUUAAAUGUGUGGAGAGGCUUGAGGCUGUGAGCUGCACAGACGAUGGGGUCACCCUGCUGUCUGACACAGGCGUGGUUUUCUACGUGGACUCCACUCAUCCUCCAUACACGCCCAGUCCUAUGGAGGCUUUGAAAGGCAUCAGAGUGACCCAGAUAGCCUGUGGGAGUCAGCAUACGGUGGUGCUCAGCAAAGAUGGCCAGGUGUACACAUGGGGGCAGGACUCCAGGGGCCAGCUUGGUCUGGGGAAGGAUGGAUCCAGCAUCAGUUCACCCCAACACGUCCGGUCUCUGUCCAGCAUGCCUCUGGUUCAGGUCUCUGCUGGGGGGGAGCAGAGCUUUGCCCUCUCUGAGUCUGGAAGUGUGUUUGGCUGGGGGAGAAACGACUGUGGACAGCUCGGACUGGGAGAUACUACAGAUAGAAGCACACCAACUCUUGUUCAUCAUCUGAACAUGAAGAAAACUGUUUUCGCUGCCUGUGGGAAGGACCAUACAGCUGUUUUAACAACGGAUGGUGUUGUGUUCACGUUCGGCUCCGGUCAACACGGACAACUCGGACACAAUUCUUUUGGGAAUGAGCUCCGCCCUCGCCUUGUUGCAGAGCUCUGGGGCUCAAAAGUCACCAAGAUUGCUUGUGGAAGAUAUCACACGUUGGUCCUGACAGACCACAUGAAGGUGUACUCUUUUGGGAGUAACGAACAAGGUCAGCUGGGACCCAGACAGGAGGGUCAUCCAUGUGUGCCGCUGCCUGUCCAGCUGCUAGAAGGAACCACAGAGGGGCCAAAAAUCCAAAGCAUCUUUGCAGGAGGAGACAGCUCAUUUGGAACAUGCAGACCUGACCAGGAGAUGCAAAGUGAGUCAAAAAGUGGCUCAAGACAGGAAGCGCCUGUUGAAAGCCAGGUGGACAGAUGGAUCUCUGAAUGGGGCUCAAAGCUGCGGCCAAAAGUGAAGCAGGAAAUUCACCAGAGAUUCUCCUCUGCGUCCUCGUUGAAUAGAAGCUUCCUUAACCAAAGCAAUCACUUCCACACAUCCGCAAUGCACUCCGGCUUGGAUUUGUCACUUUGUAAAAGGGUUUUUAAGAAGUUGAUGCACAAUGAAGCCAUUCAGUCAGAGGUGGAAAAGGCUGUCAUGGAGAUGCUUCCUUCUCUUCACGAGAACCCAGCAGGAGUUGAAGGCUUGAGGGUCUUCCUGAUCCUCAACGAGCUUCUUUAUGCGAUGCAGAGAUCUGGACGUGUGUGGAGCGUGGAGAUCGCCGUGAAGGUUGCUGCUGCUGUGCAAAGUCUGUCCACAGAAAACCUGCAGGUUACAGCAAACUGGUGGACUUUGUCCAUGAUGGAGAAUAAGAGCAGACACGUGAAGGUGUGGAGGACGGCUCUUUCAGAGGUUCUGAGAAUGGCGCCCGCUCCUCUCAGCUCAGUCAAAGACAUCCUCCAGAUCCUGCAGAAUAUGUACAAUGUCAACAAGAGGAAGAUAAAGAUUCCCGAACUGACUUUUUGCUCGGAGAUUGACCCAUUUUUCUUAGAGGAGGAUCUAAAUCGUUGGCGCUCACGUUUACAGUUUAUGGCUGUGAACAAUCCUCCACUCAUCCUUUGCAGUUUUGCGUUUGUGAUGGAUUUCAAGUCAAAACAAUGGGUGUUUCAGCUGAACUCUAACCUGACCGUGGUUGAGCACCUCCUGGGACGGCCUGUCCCAUCCACAUCAUACUUUGAGCUGAAUCUGAGGCGAUCAUCACUUGUGGAAGACUCCUUCAGACAGUUGGCUCAGGCUGCUCCCACACACAUCAAGAAAGGUCUUGUGGUUUACUUUGAUGGAGACACAAAGAUCACAAAUGUCUACAAAAAAGAUUUCUUUCACCAUUUGUUCGUGGAGAUCAAGAAAGAGAAAUCUGAAAUGUUCAUGACCAACGACUCUGAAACUCUGGCCUGGUUCUCCAACAAAGAACCUGAGAAGAUCAAGGCAGACGUGUAUCUGUUAGGGCUCCUGUGUGGACUGGCCCUCUACAAUGACUGCAUCUUUCCUGUGCCGUUCCCUCUGGUUCUGUUCAAGAAGCUGCUUGGUGUUAAACCAACACUCGAGGAUCUGAUGGAGUUCUGCCCUGAAGUUGGAAAGAGUCUGCAGUACAUCAUGAACUAUGAAGACGAUGACUUAGAAGACCAGUACAUGUUUUUUGAGAUUACCUGGAAAGACACAAACAUCGACCUUGAUCCAGAGAAUCCAGGAAAGCCAGUCACCAGCCAAAACAAGAAGGAGUUUGUGGAUGCGUAUGUGAACUAUGUCUUCAACAAGUCUGUGGAGAGUGUUUUCCAGGAGUUUGAGCGAGGCUUCUUCCAGUUGUGCGAUCGGGAUCUGCUGAGGAUGUUCGAGCCAGAGGAGCUGCAGAGAUUGAUGGUCGGCCAAGAUGACUACGACUGGGAAAAGUUAAAGCAGAGUACACAGUAUGAUCUACCAUUGUCGCCAAAUGGUGGCCAGCUUGUCCGCUUUGACAGCCAUCUGGAAAACCCCACCAUGCAAAUGUUCUGGGAGGUUUUUGAUGAACUUACUGAGGAUCAGAAGAGAGAUUUCCUCUGGUUUGUGACCGGAUCCAGAAAAGCUCCAAUUCUGGGCAUGGGCCAGAUCCAGAUGAUAGCUCGGUUAAAAAUCAUCAUGAGAGGAUCACCCGAUCAGCAUUUACCUGAGUCUCUGACAUGCCACAAUAUUUUAGAGUUACCGUCAUACUCAAGUAAAGAGAUCAUGAAGGACAGGCUGACCCAGGCCCUCAUAGCAGAGAGAACAUUCUCGAGUGAGGAGGAACGUCCGUCUGUCUGAAUCUGUGCAGGACAGGGAUGCAGUUUUACUGCUGUAAGACUUCUUUGCUUCUGCUUUAUCAUAAAAAAAAAUCUAAUUUAA